AUGUCUGCGUGGUGUCUCUUGAUGACAGACAUCCAUCAAUCUCUCUCCCUUAUUGCUAAUUCAUGGACCUCAUCGCAAUCAGUGCUGCAAAAGGGAACAGAGUCGCAUCGUCCCUGCCUGCUGUUGCUCUCACCUCCUCUCAUUCUAGCACUCCUCACCCUCAUCAUCACCCUACCCCAUGACGUGGACGACCUAUCACGCUCAUCACGCACAGCAGCAGCCAUGUACCUGGGUGUGAGCAUUAAAAACCAAGGACUUGUCUCCUAUGCCGGCGAGGACGUGGGCACAGGGCUGCUCACCUACCCGCUCCUCAUGGCAGCAGACAUCCUCCUCUACCAGGUUCGCCUCCGUUUCCCAUGUGCUUCUCCAGGUGCUUCUCCAGGCGGGGUGGCAGGCCUUUCAAGGCGGGGCGGCAGGGUGUUCAAGGUGCCAGAGGCCAUGAUCCCCCCUGCUGGUGCUCGCAUCAUGUCUCUCACUGAUGGCACUUCCAAGCCUGUCAUCUCAAUUGUACCCUCCGUCCCUCCCUCGCCGCCGUGCCGAGCAGCUCACUCAGGCACUGUUCUCGUUCUCACCUUCAGCUUCCUCCUCGCUUCGUUCUACCCCUCUCGCUCCUCACACCACUCCCCGUGUCACCUCCUCGCUCACCUCCCCCCAUGCAGCAUGGAGUUUGGCAAUCCAGAGCGCCCCGAGUGCCAGAACCUACUGUCCAUCUACCAGAUCGUCACCGGCAGAACCAAGGAGAAACGGUACGAGGAGGUGACAGCAGAUGCAGCAUAUCUGGAUGAGGUGCUGGCAGGGGGGGCAGCACGAGCCAAUGAAAUUGCUGACCGCACACUAAGGGACACAUACGACGCAUUGGGAUUUCUGGCCCCUCCACGUAGAUAA